ACCUUGUAGAGGAGAAAAAGAAGAGUAUAUUUGCAUAAGUUAAACGCGACCGCACCCUAGAACACUGUUGCGUUGUAAUACACAGGCUAUUCACAAUGCUGAGCCACACUCUCUCAGCUUCCUUUUGCGGCACUUCUCCAAUUUCAAAUUUUAAGCCCACCAAUUCUCUUAUGCUUUUCAACCCUUUUUCUACUUCUCUUACUUAUAAUCAACAACCCCUUGUAUCUUCUUCCAAGCUUUUCAGUUGCAGAGCUUCUUCAUCAAUGGCUGACAUUCAAGAUUCUUCACUAUAUAUAAAAAAGGAGAGUGGUGAAGCUGUUCAUGGGUUGUCGGAAACAGUUGUUGGUGUUUUGGGAGGAGGUCAAUUGGGUCGAAUGUUGUGUCAGGCAGCAUCGCAAAUGGCGAUUAAAGUUGUUAUUUUGGACCCGUUGGAGAAUUGUCCGGCUAAUACUUUAGCAGAUUAUCAUAUGGUUGGAAGCUAUAAUGAUAGUGCCACAGUUGAAGAAUUCUCUAAAAGAUGUGGAGUAGUGACAGUUGAAAUAGAGCAUGUAGAUGCCGCCACUCUGGAGAAACUUGAACAACAGGGUGUGAAUUGUCAGCCUAAAGCCUCCACAAUUCGAAUUAUUCAGGAUAAAUAUCUUCAGAAAGUCCAUUUUUCAAAACACGAUAUACCACUUCCUGAAUUUAUGCAGCUGAAUGAUAUCGAAAGUGCUAGAAGAGCAGGUGACCAAUUCGGAUAUCCUCUUAUGUUAAAGAGUAGAAAGCUGGCUUAUGAUGGUCGAGGUAAUGCUGUUGCAAAAUCAGAGAAGGAGCUUGAUUCUGCUUUAAAUGCUCUUGGCGGAUUUUCUCAUGGUUUGUACGCAGAGAAAUGGGCACCUUUUGUAAAGGAGCUAGCCGUAAUUGUUGCAAGAGGAAGAGAUGAAUCUAUUAGCUGUUAUCCAGUUGUUGAAACUAUGCACAGGGAAAACAUAUGUCAUAUUGUCAAGGCCCCUGCUAACGUACCAUGGAAGAUCAUGAAACAUGCAACUGAUGUUGCAUGCAGAGCUGUUAGCUCAUUAGAAGGUGCCGGCGUGUUUGCCGUAGAGUUGUUUUUGACUGCUGAUGGUCAGAUUUUACUAAAUGAAGUAGCUCCUAGACCUCAUAAUAGUGGCCAUCACACAAUCGAAUCUUGCUUUACAUCUCAAUAUGAGCAGCAUUUACGAGCAGUUGUUGGUCUGCCUCUUGGUGAUCCAUCAAUGAAAACUCCAGCUGCUAUGAUGUACAAUAUACUAGGAGAAGCUGAGGGAGAGCCAGGUUUCAUCAUUGCCCAUCAAAUCAUAAAAAGGGCCUUGAAAAUCCCUGGAGCAAAUGUUCAUUGGUAUGACAAACCAGAAAUGCGAAAGCAACGGAAGAUGGGCCAUAUCACAAUUGUUGGCCCCUCAUUAGGCAUUGUUGAAUCUCAGUUGAUGUCAAUGCUAACGCAGGAAAGUACUGAUAAUCAGCCUGCAGCUGCUCCACGUGUUGGGAUCAUAAUGGGUUCUGAUUCAGAUCUUCCUGUAAUGAAGGAAGCAGCAAAGAUUUUGAACGAGUUUGAUGUACCUGUUGAGGUGAGAAUAGUUUCAGCACAUCGAACCCCUGAAUUAAUGUUUUCUUAUGCUACUUCUGCAAUGGAGCGAGGAGUCCAGGUAAUAAUUGCUGGUGCUGGUGGUGCUGCUCACUUGCCAGGCAUGGUAGCUGCAUUGACGCCCUUGCCAGUAAUUGGUGUACCUGUGCGGGCUUCAGCAUUGGAUGGACUUGAUUCACUUCUCUCAAUUGUGCAGAUGCCAAGGGGUGUCCCAGUUGCUACAGUUGCAAUAAACAAUGCCACCAAUGCAGGCCUUCUUGCAGUAAGAAUGUUGGGUGUCGGUGAUGCUAACCUAAAAGCAAGAAUGGCUCAGUAUCUAGAAGACACAAGAGAUACGGUCUUGGUAAAAGCAGAGAAGUUAGAAAAAGGCGGGUGGGAAGCUUACCUCAACUCUUGAUUGCUAACAAUCUUCCAAACCACGCCUGUUCUAUUCACUGAUAUUACAUGCACAUAGUUCACAGCCAAUUCAAACAAGAGCGUCGAGAAAGUCCAUGAAAUCAUGGAUGACACGCACCCUGCAGAGAACCAGAAGCCAUUUGCAGAGACAUUACCGGCAUUCUUAAUUUCCAGGGGAAUUUGCCAUGUAAAACUAUGUAUAACAACAUUGAUACAAGUUACAACUCAUUCGAUUUUGGUAGUAUUAAUAUGUAGUGUACUAACAAUGUAUGACCAGUUUUGUUAAAGUUCUCUUAUUGUGUAA